AUGGACCAGCGAGAAUCCCGGGGGUCUGAACGUGCUGGCGAGCGCGAUGAGAUCCCGGGCGAUCUCAUCAGCAGGCUUCCCGACGACCUGCUCUGCACCAUCAUAUCUCUUCUUCCCACCAAGGACGGCGGACGCACGCCGGCCGUCUCCCCCCGAUGGCGUGAUCUCUGGCGCUCCGCGCCUCUCAACCUGGUGAUUCACUCCCCUGUCAACCCCCACUCCCCCUCCUCCGUCGAUCCCUCCGCCGUGUCCAGGAUACUCUCCGAACACCUUGGCCCCACCCGCCGAUUCUUCUUCCGCGGCGGCGACCUAGGCCCCCAGGCGGAGAGCUGGUUUCAGUCCCGAGCCCUGGCCAACCUGGAGGAGCUCGACAUUAAGUUCCUCCCUGCACAACCCAAGGAGAUAUUCUCGCUGCCACCAUCCGCUCUCUCCUCCCUGGCCCUCCUGGUUGUCAAGAUCGCCUAUUGUUCUAUCCCCGACGAGAUCUCCAUGGACUUCCCACUCCUCAAGCACAUCUCCUUGCUUGACGUUUCCAUCUCGGGGGACGUGUUCCACGGCUUGCUCUCUGCAUGCCGCGCCUUGGAGAGCUUUUAUAUGUCCAAUGUUCAUGCGAAAAGGUGUGACGGCAGCCGGGAGUCUAGGCACCCUCCUAUCUGUCCGUCCAGUGGCAAUAAAUUUCGUGCAGCCUCUAUCUAG